GCUGCUCCUUUCUGUGUUUCUCCUUCCUUAUUUGCCUGUCAUUUCCUACCAGCAGCCUCUGAUUCACAGAAUAGAUAGCUGUGACUGCAGAUUAAAAUCCGUUCUUCCCUCUUCCUAUGUGUUUUUUCCUUCUCCCCCACCCAUCUCACCCCCUGAGACCUCUCUGUACUUUGACGUCAUGCAUGCUCCUUUUAGUUGCCAUAGCGACUCCAUUCCCUAAAACCCUUUUGCCUAUCUCCUGUCGUAGCUUUCACAAUGGUACAGGCAGCAUCACUGUGCACAAUGCUUUCCAGGCAGUGAAAGAAGGUGAUUCAGCAAGCCUAUCUGUGCUUUUUCAUCACUCCCUUUUCAUUAUCUUUUUUGUGCUUAUUUUUAUUGUUAAAACGUUAUACAAAGAUUUAAUUUCAUUGUCUCCUAUAUUUACAAGAAUUUUUUUUUAAUCUUCGUUUCCUAUACUACACCAUUUAUGACCAUUGUUUAAUUCGACCCCCACACAAUGUAUUUUGGAAUGUGGUCCACAAAAGCUACCUAGAAUCGCUGUCUUUGGAGGAGCCAUUGUGGAUGUGGAUUGUUGCAGUGCAGGCACGGAAUGGUAUUUAUGAGUCGUCAUUUCUUGUAUAACUGCAGUGAACCUACCCUGGAUGUAAAGAUUGCCUUUUGUCAGGGAUUCAGUAAUCAAGUGGAUGUGUCGUAUAUUGCUAAACAUUACAACAUGAGUAAAAGCAAAGUUGACAACCAGUUCUACAGUGUGGAAGUAGGAGACUCAACAUUCACAGUUCUUAAACGCUACCAGAAUCUGAAACCUAUAGGUUCUGGAGCUCAGGGGAUAGUUUGUGCUGCAUAUGAUGCUGUCCUUGAUAGAAAUGUGGCAAUUAAGAAACUAAGUAGACCAUUUCAAAAUCAAACACAUGCCAAACGGGCAUAUAGAGAACUGGUCCUCAUGAAGUGUGUAAAUCAUAAAAAUAUUAUCAGUUUAUUAAAUGUGUUCACACCACAGAAAUCGCUUGAGGAGUUCCAAGAUGUAUACCUAGUUAUGGAACUUAUGGAUGCCAACUUGUGCCAGGUGAUUCAGAUGGAACUGGAUCAUGAACGAAUGUCUUAUUUGCUCUACCAAAUGUUAUGUGGAAUAAAACACCUUCAUUCAGCUGGAAUUAUCCAUAGGGAUCUAAAGCCAAGUAAUAUUGUUGUGAAGUCAGAUUGCACAUUGAAGAUCCUUGACUUUGGAUUAGCAAGGACAGCUGGCACUAGUUUCAUGAUGACUCCUUAUGUAGUUACUCGUUACUACAGAGCUCCAGAAGUUAUACUUGGGAUGGGAUACAAAGAGAAUGUGGAUAUUUGGUCUGUGGGAUGCAUUAUGGGAGAAAUGGUCCGCCACAAGAUCCUCUUUCCAGGAAGGGACUACAUUGACCAGUGGAACAAAGUGAUAGAACAGCUGGGAACACCAUGCCCAGAGUUUAUGAAAAAGCUACAACCAACAGUACGGAACUAUGUGGAGAAUCGGCCUAAAUAUGCUGGUCUCACAUUUCCCAAGCUAUUUCCCGAUUCCCUCUUUCCAGCAGAUUCAGAGCAUAAUAAACUCAAAGCCAGUCAAGCAAGAGAUCUUUUAUCAAAGAUGCUUGUCAUUGAUCCAGCCAAGAGAAUAUCAGUUGAUGAAGCACUACAGCAUCCGUAUAUCAAUGUCUGGUAUGACCCUUCAGAAGUUGAUGCGGACCCUCUGAGGGAUAGAUGGAAUGGACAGCCAGUCAAAACAAAGAAUAAUGAAAAGCCUCCCCCUCAAAUCUAUGACAAACAACUGGAUGAAAGAGAACAUACCAUUGAAGAAUGGAAAGAACUAAUCUAUAAGGAAGUGAUGAACUUUGAAGAAAAGACUAAAAAUGGUGUAGUAAAAGGACAGCCCUCUCCUUCAGCACAGGUGCAGCAGUGAAUAGCAGUGAGAGUCUCCCUCCGUCCUCAUCAGUCAAUGAUAUCUCCUCCAUGUCCACUGACCAAACACUAGCAUCCGACACGGACAGCAGUCUGGAAGCUUCUGCAGGACCCCUCGGUUGUUGCAGGUGACUAGCCGCCUGCCUGCGAAACCCUACCUUCUUCAGAAGAUGAUGUCACUGAAAUAAGAACCAAUAUGUCUAAAUAAUGGCAAAAAAAAAAAUAAGAAAGAAAAAAGUAAAAAGCUCAAAUUUCCCUUCAAGCUUGCUUUUCUUAAAAAAAAAAAAGUUAUGUCAUGCAGCUAAGCUAAAAUAUAUCAAACUAAUAAUUGCUCUGCUUUGGUCUUUUGAUAAUGCUUAGUGCAAGGGGAUAAGGAUUAUUUCAUAAAUCUCUUUCCAUACAAUGUAAAUGUAAUGGCUGACAAACCAGCAUCUUGAUUUUCUUGUUUUAUCAUGUUAAACCUAUUGACCAUUUUUACAGUGGGUGUAUGCGGAUGUGUUUGCAGUUGUAUGUAUGUGCUCUAUGUUUUCUUUUAUGUUUGUUUGAUUAUCUGAUUAUCUGUUAUCUUUCAUCUCAAAAAGAUGGGUGUAGAUAAUAACAAAAACACAUGUACAUCAGGUGUAUACAUGCAAGCAUAUAUGUAUAUUAUUAAAAAAAUACAACUGUACAGUAGAUUAUACAUAGAGUAG